AUGCCCAACCUCACAAGGACCGGUCUCGUUGCCGGGGUAGAUUCGAGCACUGGUGCCACCAAGCUGGAACUGAUAGACCUCAAUACCGGGGUUGUAGUUGCCCAAGCUAGACGCCAACAUCCGGCGACUACCCCUCCAGAGAGUGAGCAAGAUCCCCGUGCAUGGUGGAAUGCGCUACUUGGCUGCUUCGAAGAACUUCAACAUCAUCUUCCUGAUGUGAAAGCCGUGUCGAUCUCGGGACAGCAGCACGGCUUUGUGGCCCUUGAUGGGAACAAUGAUCCAGUCCGGCCAGCGAAACUUUGGAACGAUACAACCUCAGCGCCCCAAAGCAGGGCGAUGAUCGAAAAGCUCGGCCCCGCGACGUGGGCUUCUGCUGUCGGCUCGUUGCCGGCGCCCGCUUUCACAGUCACGAAACUUGCGUGGCUAGCGGCAAAUGAACCCCAUUCACUACUCCGUGUUCGACGAGUAGGACUCCCCCAUGACUAUUUGAAUCUUAGGCUUACCGGUCGCUGGGGAACCGACAGAGGCGAUGCGUCGGGCACUGGCUACUGGUCUGCACAGUCGGGGGAGUACUUGACAGAUCUGAUCGAAGCCGCAGGGGUAUCUCCCGACAUGAUCGAGUUUCCCGAGGUUCUCGGUCCAUUCGAGGUUGUUGGAAACGUAGUUGCUCCCGAGCUGCUCGCUCUCGGGCUCAGUUCUGAUGUCGUCGCUGGGCCGGGCAGUGGUGACAACAUGUGUGCGGCCCUCGGGCUUGGACUGCGUGCCGGUGACGUGGUCGUUUCCCUCGGAACAUCAGGAACGGCGUAUGCCGUAUCUGAUACUGGAACCAAUGAUGAACUGGGCCUCGUCGCAGGCUUUGCUGACGCGACGGGGCACUUUCUUCCGCUUGUCUGCACACUCAACGCUACUAAGGUCACAGAGUCGAUCCGGCGACUCUUAGGCGUCAGCUUUGAACGACUUGACGAGUUGGCAUUGUCAGCGCCUCAGGGUGCGAAUGGACUCACCCUGGUCCCGUACUUCGAUGGCGAGCGGACCCCAAAUCGUCCUGAUGCGACGGGAGCACUCGUGGGUUUGCGCACUUCGGUGGAACGCGCAGAUAUGGCGCGAGCCGCCUUCGAGGGCGUCACUUGCGGCCUUCUCGAUGGUGUCGAUGCCCUGAUCGCAAACGGCGUCACCGCUGACGGUCGUUUCUUCUUGAUCGGUGGUGGUUCGAAGUCUAAGGCAUUCGCUGCCAUAUUUGCUUCACUUGCGGAACGCGACAUCCUACGGCCCGCCAGUGACGAAACCGUUGCGCGAGGUGCUGCUGUCCAGGCUGCGUGUGUCCUGACCGGUCACGAGCCGUCACGCUUUACGCGUUUGUGGAGAUUGGACGAAAGCCGAUUGGUUUCCCCCUCUCUGGUCCAAGGUGAGGCGGCGUCAGUCGUGCGUGAGCGCUAUCGAACCGAAGCGUCAAUGCGUUGA